AUGCAUUAUUCCAAUCCUGAAGCAAGAAUUGACAACAGAAUGACAUAUAUUAAUGCCAGAAACUACAAAUUCAACUUAGAAGUUCUGCCUACCAUCGUUGAAGCUGUUAUUAUGUGUGGAAAGCAGAGGAUCGCCUUGCAAGGUUGUAAGCAAGAUAAAAUCAACUUUGACAGUCCUGUAACACGAAACGAGGGAAAUUUUAUUGCAUUGGUGAGGCUGCUUGCUGGCACCAAUUCUUGCUUGGAUCAGCAUCUCAGGACAGGACCUGCAAAUGCAAAGUACAUCAGUAAAAACAUUAAGAACGAAAUAUCAGAGAUUGCUGCUGACCAGAUUCGAGAUUUCUACAGAGAAUGCUUGAGGGAAUGUGCACACUUUUCAGUUGUAGCAGACGAGGUUGCAUCUCAUGGGCAAGAGAUAUUGUCAGUUUGUUUACGGUUCUUAGAAGUUCAAAAAGGGAACUUUGAGCUGAAGCCAAAGAAACAUGAAGUCUUGCUGGAUUUCGCCUUUCUUCAAAGGAUAGCUGGAGAAUCUAUUGCACAGGGUAUCCUAUGUGUUCUUGAAAAGCAUAAGAUUAACAUCAGGAAUUGUCGAGGACAAGCGUAUGAUACAACCAGUUCAAUGAGCUCAUCCAGUGUUGGUGUGCAAGCGCAUAUCAAACGUGUGGCACCUGAUGCAGAUUAUCAAGGCUGCUGCUUGCACAGUCUGAAUCUAGUAAUAUGCAAGUCGUCACAAAUAACGGCAAUUAGGAACAUGUUUGACAGUUGCCAGCAAGCAUACCUAUUUUUCCAUAACUCUACCAAACGACAGAGACUUCUGGAACACGUUAUUAGCUGUCAGUGCCCAGCUACCAAGAAGACAAAAAUCAAUGGUUUGUGCAAGACGAGAUGGGUUGAGAGGCAUACAACUUUUGACACAAUUCUGGAACUUUACACCUAUCUUAUUGAAACCUGGGAUGAGAUAUGUUACCCAAGCAAUUGUGACAAACUUUAUCCUGAUGAAAGCAACUGGAAAUGGGAUUCAGAAACACGAACUGCUGCAAAUGGCUUGAGGUACACAUUUGUUGGAUUUGAGCACAUUGUAGUUUUCAUGCUUGUGAGGCAGCUUCUUGAACCCAUACGUCCAAUUGCAGAGUGUCUGCAAGCAAGAUUGCAGGAGUUGUACUUUGGCUUCAAGAAAGUUGACGAAGUUGUCCAUUUUUACAAAAGGAUUCGAAACGAUGUGGAUGUAGAGCAUAACCGAAUAUACGCUAAAGCCAAGAAGCUAGCCGCUGAUAUUGGGAGUGAUGAAGCAAUGCCACACAUCAUAAAGGGAAGGCAAACAAGAGCAAAUCCUACUGUGUUGUUGCCUUGUAAUUACUGGAGAGUAACACUGACAAUUCCGUUUUUGGACUCCAUCCUUUCUGAACUUGAGUCUAGAUUUGCAAGCGAUAAAAGAGCACACUUUGAACUCUGUGUUUUAGUACCAGAGGUCAUUACCAAGAAUGAAAGUUUAGAAGAAACGAUAGGAAUUUUGACGUCUAAAUGGGGACAUCUGAUGCCAACAGAGGAUAACUUUGAGAGUGAACUUAUCCGUUGGAGGCAGCACUGUCAUGGGAUUGCGGAGACCAAAUCCAUAACACAACUUUUGAGCGAGGAUGCUGAUCCGCUAUUCUUUCCAAAUGUUUGA